CUAUCUCCCGGGGGCCCCGUCUCGCCUCCCCCUCGAGCGCGAUUCGUAACAGCGUGGUGUACGUUUCGAACGUACGAGAUCCCGAACGAGGGGAAACGAGAGGACGAAGUUAUUACGGUGAAAAAUCGCGGCGAUUCGAUCGCCGCGAUAAAAUUCUAAAACAUCGUUCUAAUUGGCUAUUGUAUCCUCCGAGUCGCAGACGAUCUCGAUGAAAAGAAUUCGCGCGCGCGUACUUGCACGCGCGGUCACCUGUUUCCGCGUAAUCCGCUCCGUCCAUCCGACGAAGCGACGGGGCGACGUCUCUCUCUCUCUCUCUCUCUCUCCCCCUCCCUCUUUCGCGAAAGAGAGUCCUUUCUCCGUCUUACCCUCCAGGAGCGGAGGUCUCUCCCUUCUCCUUGUAUCUCCUCUGCCUCUUGUUCCACUGCGCUCGUACCAGCGAAGGAUCCUACCUUGCAGUACGUGUUUAUCCAGGGUACGAGACGGCAGAAGAAGCGGAGCGGACGAGUGGAAGGCGUCGGAAGAGGAGUACGCCCGGAGUCGUGUCAAGCGCGAGCGCGAGCGCGAGAGGAGCGGAGCGGAUAUACGCGAGGAAGAAAGGGCUCAGCGGGAAAAGAAAAGGGAGGAGUUUCGCGGAACGCGCUCCGUAAUCAUCGCCGAGGUCGCUACACCGGCGAGUCUGACAGCAAGGUCGACCGCAAAACAGUCUCAACUGCUAAACGUCCUUGAUCCCUUAACGAAGAAGGGAAGAAGGGAAGACAGGGGAGAGAGAGACAGAGAGAGGCAAGACAGACGCGAAGGAGCAGAAAAGGGGAAAAGGGAUAGAGACCCAUCAGCGCGUCUCUCGCGCUCGAGGGAAUCGAAGCAUCCGAGAGGGAUCGACGAACCCUCGGCGAACAUCCAGCCUUCUCGUUUUUUUUUCUCCCCCCCUUUUUAUCACGAGUGUUUAUCGCGAGUUCGUUGAUCGUUUCGUCGGUGGUGUCGAGCGCGACUCAGUCAUCGCGAUUAUUGACGGGGAUCGCGGCUCCUCUCGACGGGAUUAAAUGACAUUUCCAGGGUGCCUAUCAUCGCUCGCAAAGUGUGAGUGCAAGUAUUAAUUCCCCGGCAAUUUGUCUCGACCUUUACGGAUGUACGUGGCGAGAGAGGAAAGAGGGAACUAUUAAAUACAUGUUUUAGUAUUUGCAGUCAUCUCUCAGUCAUUCGAGAUACGAGGCUCUUCGAGGUAACAAAGCGUGCUAAUCGCGCGCGAUGGUCAUCCCCUAGGCGGCGCGAGAUAUUGCAGAUAAUUGGGCGAGACGUAAAACCGGUUACCGAUACGUAACAACAACUAGCAAGAAAUUGGAAGGUUCGGUGACCUAUCUCUCUCUCUCUCUCUCUCUCUCUUUCUUUCCCUCACGUUUUCUUUCUUUCUCACGCUGUCUCCUGUCGCGUUAUUCGGUUAGCUCGUGUCUACGUAGCCAGAUCUCGGUAGCACGCAAACGUAUCAUUUCCUUUAGUUCUGCUCUUUUUUCUCUUCUCUCUCUCUCCGCAAUUUCAAAGAAAAUCUUUCGAGGAGCGUUCCAUUUUAAAGGCUUUGAUAUCAGGAAUGCUCUUCGAUUAUUUGAGCGAGUAAAUAAAAUAAAAAAGAAAAGAAAACCCGCGGCAAGUGCAAUUGCAGUUCUCAAUCUCGUCGUGUCUUUCUGUUUUCAGAGAAUCGAGAAUCACCAUGUUGUCGCAGCGAUUACGCUGGCUGCUGCCGGCACUAAUCGUGUCUUGGACGAGCCUGCAGUUAGGUGCGGCCUUACCGGCUCGCGACGAACGUACGCACGUGCCUGCGACUACGUUUGAGCCUAGCGCGGCCACGUCAACGAUUACCCGUCAGGACCACGAUGGACGUGCGCAUCAUCUACCGAACGGCAAAAACGAGACGCAGUCCAACCACAAACUGGUCGCUUCCCCGGCCGGACUUUUGCGGCCCGACAAGUUUCAGUUUUAUACUUACGACGACAAGGGCGAUAUGAUUACGCGGCAGAUGACCGCUCAGGAAAUUCAAGGUCUCAUCGCGGCAGGUGGAGCGGAUCACGUCGCAAUGGACAGGCAGGAGCCUCAAAAAGCUGACGAUGUCCUGACGGGCGGCAAAAAGGUCAUGGAUGUGGUACAGAAGGUACAGAACGUGUUGAAGAGCGCACUCGAUAAGCCACCGACCUUAACGGGUACGAUACCGAAGAUUCCGGAACACGCAAACGUCGAGUGGAGCAACAUUCUACCUUCGAUUCUGUCUGGCGAGACUGACGCGAUCUCCCCGAACAAUCAAUUGCCGGCGGAGAAGAUAGGAGCUGAAUCGGCAUCGAAACAUCCGACGAAGAAGCCGGCGACGUCGGACGUUCAGACGAACGCGUACGCUGGUUUUACGAAUAACGCGCCGGGCAAGCCUCUGCACGGCCACCAUUCGCAGCAAGCAACGCCAGCGACCGAGAAACCGAUGAUCCCGGUGCCGGUUAUCACCCCGACGGAACAAAAGUUGUCCACGUUGCAAUCGACCUUCACCGAAAGCCCGAUCUUCCAGAUAAUCAGCGUGAUCCCGGUCGAGAGUGUCAGGAUCAAGGGGGACCAGGCCGAUCCGUCUACGGCUGCCGACACGAGUGCCGCGAGUUCGGCGACUACUCAGCUGUUCGCUCAGACCGAGGAAAGUCAAACGGAACGGUACGUCGAAUUACCUCUGUCGAAAGUGCCCGAGGAAGAUACGACGUUCCCGCAGCUGACAAGCUUGGAUAUGUAUCCCAUAAGUAUCACAAAGCAGACGACUGCGAGUGACAAAGUGAGCCAAGGGAUGGAGGCCCCGGCGACUCACUCGACGACCACCACGCCGAGCAUGUCGACGCAUUCCUCCGCCACGAAGCAAACCGUGACGCUCGGCGGAUCCAGCGAAUUGAUGGCCGACAGGACGUCUCCCUCGAACGCCAGUUACAUACUUGUACAGAGCAAGAACGUGACGAAGGUCGAUUCCUCUUUCGCGUCUGGCGUGACGAAAGGAUCUCAAACGAGCGAUGAUAAAAUAAUCCCACAAACCCUCGCUACCGUGCCGGUUUCUCACGCGAGACCCGAGAACGAAAUCACGCCACAUUCGCCGUCGACGCCCGCUCCCGUCACGAGAAUCAAGGUCCCGACGUUUUCGCACCCGUACACCGUCCCAAAUAAUUAUGAUUACCGUGAGGACGGUCUCUCAACGGUCACGAAAGCCUCGUCGAGCUCGGUUACACCAACAUACGGGGAGAAUUAUCUUAAUCAUCGGCCGACCGAGAUUCAAUCCUCGGCGCCGUUAGAACCGUUACCCACGCAGUUAAUCGACUCCUUCUCGAGUGUAAUCAAUCAAGUUUCGGAAGUGAAACCACCAGUCUUGCCUCUGUCGUCCCUCUCGAACGAAACGCCGGAGAUACCGAUCGUGAAUGUUAAUUACGAACAGAGACGCAACGUGUCCGUGGCAAACGAAGAGACUGUCCGACCUGUCGUUAAUACCUAUGUAAUUGAUACCAUGGAAAUUCCAUCUCGAAAGACCACUCCCGAGCUCGUUGACUAUUCCGUCACUUAUCGUCCUCUCAAUGGAGGAGCGAGCACCACCGGCGUUUCCACGAACUCCCGGGUCACAGCGACGAGCAACAGAGUAUCGACUAAUAAUUUAGCCACGACGCCAGGUGGAUUCAAAUCGACCACGAGUGCAACGAUUUCGAAAUCAACGGCAUUCUCGCCUGUGCAGCUUGAAAAGACACAAACUACGGCUGCAGCCUUGCCGGCGAGUCAGACCGAAAGUUCCGCGUUUACCGGGAGCACCGUGAAAAAGACCUCGGUCACGCCGUUUAAAAAGCCGACCUUGUCUACUUCAAUAGCCGCGCCCGACGCAACCAAAACGCAAUCAACAACCGCGUCGAUCGACACGAAUCCAUCUUCGAGUAAGCUUACAACCAACUUCGACAACGCUCUCGCGAGCCUGAACUUGAGUGACCCGGUUUCCGCGAUCAAUCAGGUAUUGAGCAUUGCACCGUUGCCGUCCAGCAUCCCGGCGAUCGAGCCAAUCGGUUUACCUAAGGACACGUCUAAUUUAAUAGCUAGCGGUUUAGCGAGUGGCCUUAUUGCCGGAUUUGGCACGUCGACCGUCCCGCAAAUUAGUAGCGGCCAAACGGCUAAGAACGCAACAAACGAACACACGAAGCCUACCCAGGCACCCAUCAAAAAUGUCACUAAAAUAUAUGAGAACAUUGUGGGACCUAAUGUAAAUGAGCAGAAGGAAAGAAACGUUACGCAAUCGACGUCGCAAGAGACAUUAACGGACCCGGCCCGAAACGGUACAUUAAUUUAUGAUACACAAACGAAAGAAUCUAACGAUACUUUAAAACCAAUCAAAUUGCCGAAUAAUAAUGAGAGAGUUGGCGGUUUUACGAAAGCGCCGUUGUCAUCCUCGACAAAUAAGUUCACGAUUAUUAAAGAUGAACCAAAAGAUAAUAUUGGACAGAGCGCGAAUAUUGUGGGAAUCGUUACUACAAAUCCCGAUAAAACAACAGCAACAACGGAUGCCAACAUUCGAUUGCCAAACGUCAAUAAAACGACGAGCAGCAGCCAGAAAAAAACGGAAGUUAAAGAAACGGUAAAAACGACGGAAGCGCCUAUUGUAAGGACAGAAUCGAGUUCUGAAUUAUCCGUGAAAAUCGCGAAUGACACAAGAAAUUCGGGAUACACGGAGAGCAGCCUGAAAAUAGAGACAUUAGGCGAAAAAAACAAUUCCUUUGCUCCGAUUUAUUUCGCUAAUGAUUCUAUUUCGGAGUUGAGCUCGCAGGCAUAUAAUAACGUUACCACGAACACUUCCAUUUCACCGAAUGUUACCUUUGACGAUGCUAUCGUGUCAAACAGAAAUUCUACUGAUUCUGCGUUUUCGCAGAAUCCAAAUCGCGGCGCAGCGAACCACAAAGACCAAGAUAAAACCCAGAAUAAAAAGGAUAAUAAUAAUAAUAAUGAUUCUUCUUCUCCGUUGAUCCAAGAAUCGACGGACGACGCAAGCAGAAUCAAAGAGAAUAUUUCUCAGCUUGACAAUAAUACGUCAAUUCAAAGUGGCAAAAAUGUGACGCAGACCGCGUCAACGGUCAACGCGACGAUACAGAAGGACGGGUACUCAUAUAACAAUACGGAGACCAAGAUUGCGUCAUUGAAGCAUUCCGAAAGUUCGCCGAAGCCGGACGUGACACGCUUGCAAGCGUCGACGCCGCCGUCGAGUGUUCCAGUCCAUCAGACGUCGAAGCCUGCGGCCGGUUAUAGACCGUCCGAGAAAGUUAACGUCACGAAGACUGAUGCUGACGUAAGCGUGGAGGACAAGUGGACGCUCAUAUCGCAACAGGCUUCGUCGUCCACGUCAAAGUUUCCGAAACCGCCAAAACCGCCAAAGCCACUGAGGAAACCGGUCAAUCACGUUCAAACGUCGUCGUCGUCGUCGUCGCCGCCGCCUUUUAACUCGAACGAGAGCACUCACGUUCGUUCUCCAGGUGCCGAAGCGGCGGCGCAUCAGCAAGAACAGCAGCAGUCUCCGACGCAGUCCUUCUUACCGCUAGACGCGUCGCAGAGCGCAAUCGGCUUAGACAUCACCAUAAGACACACGAGCGCCGAUAUCGUAAACUUCGCUAAAUUAUGCAACGAGCUGGCCUUCAAUUUCUGGGUGGCUACCAAUAAGGGUCUGAGCACUGCGAGGUCGCUGGCGUUGUCGCCAUUUGGCAUGACCAGCUUACUAGCGAUGAUCUUUCUGGGUGCUCGCGGUCCGACGUCCGAUCAGAUGAACGAGGUGCUCGGUCUGGACGACGUCGCCACGUUCAAUCCGCACUUGGUUUUUCAAAAUAUAACCGACGCGGUGGGCCUAGCCCGUGGCCAGGGUAUCGCAAACGCCGCCUUCGUCCGCGAGCUGUUCGCCGACAAGAUGAAGGUCCGAAAACUCAUGCCCUUCUACAAAGAGCAGGCCCAGCAAUUCUAUGAGGGGCUCGUGACCGAGGUCAACUUUGCCACCAUCAGCGAUCUCGUACGCAGGAGAACGAAUUUGCUGGUCAGGAAGCAGACCGGUGGCAGAAUCAAGGACUUUGUCAAGACGAAUACAGUGCCGCUCAGAUCGCCCUUGGCGGCGCUCUCCGCCAACGUAUUCCAGACCGAUUGUAACAGCAGCUUGACCAGUUCCAUCGGCAGAGACGGCGAGCUGUACUUUGCCGUCUCGCCGGCUGUCAGACAAAGGAAACUCGUGCCGGUCCCGGCUACGACUUGGCGAGCGGGUGUCUUGGCCGGCUAUGAGCCCAGCAUCGAUGCCACGGCGGUCGCUCUCGGAGGCAGCGACAAAUUGGUUUCGACGAUCUUUGUGCUGCCGGGUCAGCAAGGUCACACAGCACCCGGUGACACUCUGGACCGUCUCGAGCAGCGCCUGGUCAGAAGCGCGUUUCGCGAUGGUGCCUGGAAUAAGCUUCUCAAGGUCCUGAUACCGAGGCACGGUCUCGAGUUGCAAGUGCCCAAGUUCAGUCACAGAUCGGUUGUCAACGCGACCGCCGCCUUGAAGAGGAUGGGACUCGACGAACUCUUCUCGGGCAAUGCCGACUUCAAGGGUAUCAACGGCGUAGGUCACCGUCUUCACUUAGCCGACGUGUUACAGAUGAAUUUGUUUAGUACUUGUGGCGACGAAAAUAUUCUUAACGGUCGACAUCACGUGGAAACGUAUCCCGCGAGUCCAUUAAGGAGAAGCGUCGGACGACGAAUGGAGGAUGACAAUUCCGGUAACGUUGCUGAGGAGGAUACGUUGAGAUACGGCAUGGUGCCGCAAGAGGACAAUAUUGAUUCUUACGCGGAACAAUCGCGCACGAAUCUGUACGGAUUCUACAGGGAGGAAAGGCAGAUCUCAGGAUCAUUAGAGAGACCGAGAUUGAAGCUCGACAGGCCCUUCUUAUAUUUCGUGCGGCACAAUCCUUCCGGUAUUAUAUUGCACAUGGGACGUUUCAAUCCGCGAUUGCUGCCCUAAAGGCCCUAUCACCCUUCCUCCGAAUGCCAUUAAUUCGAUCCUGUUCCUUCUAUUCGACACCUACAUGCACGAAUUUUUUUUUGUAUUAUCGAGACGAACCACCGAUUCUCGAUACAUGCUCAAACGAUUCGUUUUCUCUAUUAGCUGAGCGAUUCAACGUGACGUCGCGGCCCACUCUUUCCGAACCAUGAAGGUAGGACGUGUGUACUUGGCAUGUUCUAGAAAAUUUGUAAACAAUUUUGCUUAGAGUUAUUACGAAUUAGUUUCUCCAUUGUCUUCACUUAGAGAAUAAGAAAUUAGUGCGAUAUCUCGCGAUAUCGUUCGCGGCACGUUAAUAUAUGUCGACUGGACCCACAUUGUAUUGAUAUGGAUCUUAUGACUCUAUGAUAUAUUUAGGGAGUGGUUAAACGCAUAAAAAUAACAGACUGAAGAACGAAAAUAAGAAAGACGGUACGAAAGAGAAAGAUCUUAAUCGCGGUCCAAAUGAUCAUCAUCAUCAUUAUUAUUAUUAUAAUUAUUAAUUAUUAUUAUGUUUCUUUUUUUUUUAUGUACGAGCAAAAUGUGACAAUUAACGCGGUCGCCGGCGAAUAUUAAACGCAAGUUUUUCAUCGAAUGUUAAUAAUCUAUUUGGACCCUGAUUGACAUUUUAUACGCAUUCCUUUUUAAUACGAUCAACAAUUGUGAUAUGUAACUGUGCGUUGAAUUUUUUUUUUGUACAUUUCGUAGAAUUAAUCUGUUAGGCUUACGUUCAGCAACGCACGCACAUUGUAUGUGAAAAAUAUUUCAAUGUAUUUUUUCAACGAAGACUUAAUGUGUCGAACGGAUGACGCGUUUGAAUAAAAAGCAACAUCUCUCGUUCGUUCUGUCGUUUUUAAAGGCAAAUUCCACGCUGGCUCUUUGGGCAUUACUGUAUUUGUGAACAUAAGAUAAGGAAACUGCGGUACGCUGGUAUCGCGCCUACUUACUAUAAUAAUACAAUAUGCGAACUACUUUCCCAACACAGGCAACUUUUAAACAGCGACUAAUUAAUUCGCAUCGGCAUUGUAAAAUACAAUGUAGAAUAUAUAACAGAGAGAGAGCGAAAAUUUUAUUUGUACCUGCUGUUACAAAUUUAAAUCGACACCAUCUUCGACGUGACGUACAGUCGUAUCAUGAUUACGUUUAUGAUAUACAAACCUAUACAUGAUAUCAACAGCGAUAACACAUCAUCGUUGUUAAUGUGUAAUUCGCUCGGCAAACUACUUUUACCUUAUUCAAUAAUUACUCAUUUAACAAUGCCUUCAUAUGCAUUCUGUCGCCAAGAGAAACUUUUUUUAUAUUUUAGUCUAAUUAUGCGCAUCAUUGUCGUUAUCUACGUCAAAAUGGUGCACGUCAAUGUUAGGUGAUAACCGCGCUGAACGACAAUGAGGGGGAUUUUCAGUCGCUUAUCGCGUGGUUAUCGCAAAGUCGUUGUAAAAGUGGAGGCUUAUUGUUUUUCAGUUUUCAACGUUGCAUCGCGGUAGAAUGAAACCGCUUGCAAAACAGUACUGGAAAACUUCCAUUUAAAGUAGCGGUUUCACUGCAAACAAACGCCAUUGCAUUCUUCGGCUGCGCCGGGCGAUCGUUGAAUCGUAUCAAGAGUGACAGUCGCGAGUUUUUAAACGUAUUCUAAUCGACGUAUGAGUAUUUCUUAUCGCUCGCAAACGGUGAUUUGCAUGCGUUGUGCAACGUGCAGGAUUUUUAUGCAUCAUGGACUGACUUGGAUUUCUCAUCGUAUUUUGUUCUGUCGGAGUAUGUACAUUUGAACGUUAGCAUCCGGAGCAGAAGCGUUUGGACAAACGAUGGGCUGACACAAAUUAGAUACCUUGCGUUUGAGCUCAGGUGUCCCCAAUCUCUUACGCAACGUUGUAGUGCGUGGACGAUGUAAAACGAUGUAAAAACCAAUUUCGAAAUCGACACACGAUGCUUUACAAAUCGAUAGGUAUGGUAUACCAAAAUUUGAUCGCAUCGUCAACUAUUUUCCCCAAAUAAAAUCGAAUCCCUUUCUAAAAAUA